AUGGGUUUUCGGCAUCGACAUUUUCCGGAUCAUGUGUGCCGUCUUAAGAAAUCCUUGUACGGUUUAAAACAGGCACCACGGGCUUGGUAUCAACGUUUUACUGAUUUUGUAUUGACUCUUGGUUUUCAGCAAAGUAAGUGUGAUAACUCAUUGUUUAUUUAUCAUCAUGGCCGCAAUAUUGCUUACUUGCUGAUCUACGUUGAUGAAAUUAUACUCACCACUUCAAAUGAACGAUUACGGGUCGACAUUAGGAAUCGAUUGGCACGUGAGUUUGACAUGAAAGAUGUUGGACCGUUGAGUCACUUCUUGGGUAUUAAUGUCACUCGGCAGCAAAAUAGGAUGUUCUUGGCUCAACAGUCUUAUGCUCAGGACAUUAUUGAAAGAGCUGGUAUGCGUUCUUGUAAAUCGGUCACUACACCUGUUGACACUAACUCAAAGCUUAGUGCCGCCUCUAGUCCUCCGUUUGAUGACCCGACCCUUUACCGUAGUCUUGCUGGUGCUCUUCAGUACCUCACCUUCACCAGACCUGACAUCAGCUAUGCGGUUCAGCAGGUAUGCAUGCACAUGCACUCUCCUCGACAAGAUUAUUGGAAUGCGUUAAAACACAUCAUCCGGUAUCUUCAGGGUACCUCAUCUCUUGGCUUGACACUUGGACCUUUCACCGAGUUUUCGUUACGCGCUUACACAGAUGCGGAUUGGGCAGGUUGCCCUGACACUCGUCGUUCUACCUCCGGCUACUGUGUAUAUUUGGGUCCUAAUUUAUUAUCUUGGUCUUCUAAGCGACAGGCAGUCGUUUCUCGAUCCAGUGCAGAAGCUGAAUAUCGGGGUGUUGCUAAUGUCGUUGCUGAACUUUGUUGGAUACGUAAUCUACUUUUAGAAUUACAUCGCCCUCUCCCUAAGGCCAGCUUAGUUUAUUGUGAUAACAUCAGUGCGGUCUACCUUUCAGGCAAUCCAGUUCAGCAUCAACGUACCAAACAUAUCGAGUUGGACAUUCAUUUUGUUCGUGAUUUGGUGCAGCGUGGUCACAUUCGUAUUACUCAUAUCCCGACUCGUUUUUAG